AUGGCGUCUCUGUCUACCUCAUCACCUCUGUCUUUAACAGUGACACGACGAGAGCCAAUUCUUGUUCGUCCGGCCAAGCCAACCCCUCACGAGCUAAAACAACUCUCCGACAUAGACGACCAAGAAGGCCUCCGUUUUCAAAUUCCCACAAUCUUCUUCUACAACUCCAACCCUUCCGUGCAACCCAAAGACCCCGUCCACCUCAUCCGACAAGCCCUGGCCCAAGCACUCGUCUCCUACUACCCGUUCGCUGGAAGAAUCGUUGAAGGACCUAGCAGAAAACUCUCCGUCAAUUGCACUGGCGAGGGCGUCCUCUUCACGGAGGCCGACGCCGACGUCGAGCUUCGCCUCCUGGGGGUAGAGCCCGGGAGCCCUUACUUGGCGGAGCUUCUCCACGACGUUCCUGGAUCUAGCGGGAUACUCGGAUGCCCACUCCUCUUGAUUCAGGUGACCCGGUUCAGAUGCGGCGGGUUUGCUGUCGCCGUGAGGCUGAACCACACCAUGAGCGACGGUACUGGUUUCCACCAGUUUAUGGACGCCGUUGCAGAGUUUGCCCGGGGUGGCGGUGCGGAGGCGAAGAUGUUGCCCACUGUGCAGCCGGUGUGGCAGAGGGAGCUCCUCUCGGCGAGAUCGCCUCCCCGUGUCACAUGCUUUCACCAGGAGUAUGAGCAACGGGCGAGCGUGACCAUGUCUGGUAACUGUCAGCACGAGGACAUGAUCCAAGGAUCCUUUUUCUUUGGCCCCAAAGAGAUUAGAGCUAUUCAAAGCCACCAUUCCGAGAGGUGCACCACGUUUGAGGCUCUCACCGCAUGCGUGUGGAGAGCUCGAACUCGGGCACUCGGGUUUGACCCAGAAGAGAUCGUUCAGGUCUCGGGUUACAUCAACGUCCGAGGAAAGCUGCACAUACCUGAUGGGUACUACGGCAACGCGAUCGUCUAUCCAGCUGUAACGGCAAGGGCGGCGACGCUGGUGACAGAGCCGCUGGGGUACGCUGUGAGGCUUGUGAAGGCAGCUAAGGCCCAGAUGAGCGAAGAGUACGUACAGUCGGUGGCGGAUUUUAUGGUGACGAAGGGGAGGCCUAUGUACACGACAGCGGGAAACUUUCUGCUUUCAGACAAUUCCAGGCUUGGGUUCGACGGGCUGGAUUUUGGUUGGGGGAAGCCAGUGUACGGCGGCCCUGCGGCGGCCAUAGGGCCGAUUAGUUUCUGCGUGCGGUACAAGGGCGGUGGUGGAGUAGAUGGACGUGCUGUAGUGCUCUGCUUGCCGAGGCCAGCAAUGGAGAGGUUCAAGAGGGAGUUGAAUGAAAUAACGAGGGGAAAAGGUGCCAGAAAGGUGGUUAUCGCAAGCUCACUGUAA